UAACGAAAUCAUAGCAACACUCUCUCCUUCCAAGGUCCCUCACAGAGCACCCUUUUAUCUAAGGCUCCUUGCUCACAGAAGAAAGAAGAUUUUUAAAAUUAAAUGUGAACUUCUAAAAUUUACAAGCUAGAUAAUCAUUAAAUAAACAUUUUUUAUUGCUACUUAUAAUAAUUAUAAAAUAAUGAAAUGUUUCAUUAAUCUGUGCUCAGUGAUAAAUGUUUCAGCAUGUUUGCUUGACAAGGUCGUAACAUUUGCACUCACACAAGAACAAAGUAAGGUAAAGUUAAAGUCUAUAACACAUAAAUAGCCUUUACCCAGAUCAGAGCCUCCGGAUCAAAGCAGGCGUGUUUCUGAGGUUCUUGGUAAUAUCCUCAAACUUGUCAACCUCUGGUUGGCUACACAACCAUAACAUGAGAACAUAAAAGCCAGAUCACGCUGGAGAUUCUUCAGCUCUAGAGAAGAUUCAGACCGGCCACCUGAAGCAAAAACCUCUUUGCACCUGCGCAGAGCCGUGUCCAGGACUUUUAAAAUGGUCUGUUAAUCUGUUCUAUUUUGUUUUAAUAAACCUUCGCUCACCUGCGCUCCAGCCUUCCUGUUUUUGAUUCCCAGUGUCCAUCAGCUGUGCAGCACCAUUUUGUAAGUGGGUGAUGCACAGAGUGCUCUGCUCUGUAAGAUGAACACAACAAGCUCCUGGCUGAUGAUAGUCUCUGUCUCUGUGUCCAAUGAUGAAGCCUGUCUCCAUUGUCCUAUCACUAACCCAUGGUGCUCUGGAGACAACCUGUCCAUAAACACCUCAGAAACUGAAGACAUGAUUCUGGGCUUGAGUGAAAAACACAACAGUUACACAUGUACUAUAUCUUUAUACUGAGUAUUUAUUAUAUUAUAUUACAUAUGAGGAAUAUUUAUUCUAAAUAGAAACGUAUUUUUUACUUUUGCCCAUCAGAGCUCAGUGAGUGGAGAAAACAAGAGCGACGCCCUCUGGUGGCCUCAUUAAGCAUUACAUGAAGCUAUAAUGACUAAAUCAGCACCUUCCCAACACUUUUUAUUUGCUUCUCAGAGCUGCUAAAAAUAAAAGUAACAACAUCAAAAGUUUCUAUCACAUUCUUUAUAGAAAGUAAAAUUUUUUAGUUUGUUUGAAGUUCAUAAAGAAUAAAACUGGUCAGAUUUAGAUUAAAAAACAUCAUAAAGAAAAACCUAUUUUACUUGUUUUUCGUGGCUUUUGAAGAGACCACCUAAAAUAAUAAAAAUAUAACACGUUAUGUGUGUUUUAUUAGUCCCAUUCUGAACACACAGGUGUGUUUUAUUCUGCUCCAGCAGGUGGCGCUAGUGCACCUUUACGCUAGUCACGGACCCCGGAAGAAGCAGAACCCGGAAGCUGCAAGCAGAGCUAGCUUGUUGUUGUUGUGGUGUGUGUGAGGAGAAUGUUGAGUAAGGUCGAAAAUGUUUGAGGCUCUGCAGUGAAAAUGUCUUCACUUCAGUCUCUGGGAGAGUUGAUCAGCUAAAGCGACUAACUGCUGCUGCUGCAGAAAUCUUCUCACCAGGCUGUGGGAACUUUCUUCUCCUCCUCAACAACUUGGUGGAGUUCUUUCCAGAACCAGAGAAGAUAUUCUGCGGUCUUCGUGACAAUCGGAGCUCCAGAAUCAGGUUGUGGCUGUUAGCUAAACACGGCUAAAGAAAACCUGCUACCACUUCAGGAUCAUCCAUCAGCUGGGACUGAUUCAUCGUGUGUUCUUCACCACCUGGACCCGGACAGCAUGGACACAGGUGUGAAACAUCUGUAAACGCCAGAUCUGGUGCAGGAAAAUGGCUGAACAGGAAGUAGGGACACACUUUUCCUUCUGUGGUUAUUUUCAACAGGUGGUUCUGGUUAAAUAAGAAGCUUCAGAAGAACAGAGUGCUCGUGUCAACCACCAGCACCUAGAUUUUCUCCACAAAAAGGAGGAACAGGAGAAACUCUGGUCUAGUAUGGAGGGAGAGCAUCUCCAUUUGAAAAAGGAGACUGAUGCUGCCAGGUUUCAAUCCUUUAGCCAUAAAACACAUUUAAACAAACACACGAGAGUCCACACAAAGCAGAAACAUUUUGCCUGUGAGCACUGUGGACAAAGCUUUCACCAAAAGACUAAUUUAACCACACACAUGAGAGUCCACACGGGACAGACACAUUUUGCUUGUGAGCUCUGUGGAACGAGAUUUAGCCGAAAGACAACUUUAAACAGACACAUGAGAGUCCACACAGGAGAGAAGCCCUUUCCUUGUGAGCUCUGUGGAACGAGAUUUAGCCAAAAGACAUCUUUAAUCAUUCACAUGAGAGUCCACACAGGACAGAAGCCUUUUGCCUGUGAGCUUUGUGGAAAGAAAUUUAGCUCAAAGUCAAAUUUAAAUGGUCACAUGAGAGUCCACACAGGACAGAAGCCUUUUGCCUGUGAGCUCUGUGGAAAGAAAUUUAGCUUAAAGUCAACUUUAAAUGGUCACAUGAGAGUCCACACAGAACAGAAGCCCUUUCGUUGUGAGCUCUGUGGAACAAGAUUUAGCCAUAAGACAAAUUUAAACAGUCACAUGAGUGUCCACACAGGAGAGAAGCCCUUUCCUUGUGAGCUCUGUGGAACGAGAUUUAGCCAUAAGAGACAUUUAAACAGUCACAUGAGUGUCCACACAGGAGAGAAGCCCUUUCCUUGUGAGCUCUGUGGAACGAGAUUUAGCCAAAAGACAAAUUUAAACAGUCACAUGAGUGUCCACACAGGAGAGAAGCCCUUUCCUUGUGAGCUCUGUGGAACGAGAUUUAGCCGAAAGACAAAUUUAAACAGACACAUAAGAGUCCACACAGGACAGAAGCCCUUUCCUUGUGAGAUCUGUGGACAAAGAUUUACCUUAAAGUCAAAUUUAAACAGACACAUGAGAGUCCACACAGGACAGAAGCCCUUUCCUUGUGAGCUCUGUGGAACGAGAUUUAGCCGAAAGACACAUUUAAACAUUCACAUGAGAGUCCACACAGGAGAGAAGCCCUUUCCUUGUGAGCUCUGUGGUACGAGAUUUAGCCAAAAGACAUAUUUAAACAUUCACAUGAGAGUCCACACAGGACAGAAGCCUUUUGCCUGUGAGCUUUGUGGAAAGAAAUUUAGCUCAAAGUCAACUUUAAAUGGUCACAUGAGAGUCCACACAGGACAGAAGCCUUUUGCCUGUGAGCUCUGUGGAAAGAAAUUUAGCUUAAAGUCAACUUUAAAUGGUCACAUGAGAGUCCACACAGAACAGAAGCCCUUUCCUUGUGAGCUCUGUGGAACGAGAUUUAGCCAUAAGAUAAAUUUGAACAGUCACAUGAGUGUCCACACAGGAGAGAAGCCCUUUCCUUGUGAGCUCUGUGGAACGGGAUUUAGCCGAAAGACACAUUUAAACAGUCACAUGAGUGUCCACACAGGAGAGAAGCCCUUUCCUUGUGAGCUCUGUGGAACGAGAUUUAGCCGAAAGACAAAUUUAAACAGACACAUGAGAGUCCACACAGGACAGAAGCCCUUUCCUUGUGAGCUCUGUGGACAAAGAUUUACCUUAAAGUCAAAUUUAAACAGUCACAUGAGAGUCCACACAGGAGUGAAGCCCUUUCCUUGUAAGCUCUGUGGAACGAGAUUUAGCCGAAAGACAAAUUUAAACAGUCACAUGAGAGUCCACACAGGACAGAAGCCCUUUCCUUGUGAGAUCUGUGGACAAAGAUUUACCUUAAAGUCGAAUUUAAACAGACACAUGAGAGUCCACACAGGACAGAAGCCCUUGUGAGCUCUGUGGACAAAGAUUUACCUUAAAGUCAAAUUUAAACAGUCACAUGAGAGCCCACACAGGACAGAAGCCUUUUACCUGUGAGCUCUGUGAAAAGAAAUUUAGCUUAAAAUCAACUUUAAAUAGUCACAUGAGAGUCCACACAGAACAGAAGCCCUUUCCUUGUGAGCUCUGUGGAACGAGAUUUAGCCAUAAGACAAAUUUAAACAGACACAUGAGAGUCCACACAGGACAGAAGCCUUUUGCCUGUGAGCUCUGUGGAAAGAAAUUUAGCCAAAAGACAACUUUAAACAGACACAUGAGAGUCCACACUGGCUUUUCGCCUGUGAGUUCGGUGGAAAAGAUCUAGCAAAAAGACAAAUUUAAACAGACACAUGAGAGUCCACACAGGACAGAAGCCCUUUCCUUGUGAGCUCUUUGGACAAAGAUUUACCUUAAAGUCAAAUUUAAACGGUCACAUGAGAGUCCACACAGGAGUGAAGCCCUUUCCUUGUGAGCUCUGUGGAACGAGAUUUAGACGAAAGACAAAUUUAAACAGUCACAUGAGAGUCCACACAGGACAGAAGCCCUUUCCUUGUGACAUCUGUGGACAAAGAUUUACCUUAAAGUCAAAUUUAAACAGACACAUGAGAGUCCACACAGGACAGAAGCCCUUUCCUUGUGAGAUCUGUGGACAAAGAUUUACCUUAAAGUCAAAUUUAAACAGUCACAUGAGAGCCCACACAUGACAGAAUCCUUUUGCCUGUGAGCUCUGUGAAAAGAAAUUUAGCUUAAAAUCAACUUUAAAUAGUCACAUGAGAGUCCACACAGGACAGAAGCCCUUUCCUUGUGAGAUCUCUGGACAAAGAUUUACCUUAAAGUCAAAUUUAAACAGACACAUGAGAGUCCACACAGGACAGAAGCCCUUUCCUUGUGAGCUCUGUGGAAAGAAAUUUAGCCAAAAGACAACUUUAAACAGACACAUGAGAGUCCACACUGGCUUUUCGCCUGUGAGUUCGGUGGAAAAGAUUUAGCGAAAAGACAAAUUUAAACGGUCACAAAAGAGUCCAUAAAGGACCGAAGCCUUUUGCCUGUGAGCUCUGUGGAUGAAGAUUUUGCUGAAAGAAAACUUUAAACAAUCAUCUAAGCAUCCACUAGGGCUGAACGAUCUAUUGCAGGGGUCUCCAACCUUUUUUGGCCCGUGAGCUACUUUUACACAAUGAAAGUACAGCAGAGUUACUGCCAUAUGAUUUAUUUACAUCGAUACUUUCCAUUUGUGAAUGUGCUUUUGUUAAACAUGCUAUACUUACUAUAUUAACAUGCAUUGAACUCACAAGUUGAUUUCUCUGUAUUUCAGUACAUCAGUAUAUAUAUUUUUUAAAAGUAUAAGUAAACUAGUGACAUUCUGAAAACCAAAUAGAACAAAACAUAUUUAGUUUUUUUAACUAAUCAGAUACUUUCAGAUAAUGAAUAACGAAUCUACUUUCUGUGAAUGAUUUGGUAAUUUUUUUAAAAGGUUAGUAACAUAAUUUUUUAAGCACACAGGAACAGUUAACCUGUAAAGCUGAUAUUUUAUAUAAAAUACAAGCUAAAUGUGAUGAAAACACAAAAGUCUAAAUAGUUUGAAUUGAAGUAAAAAAUGUAAAAUCAGAAAUAAGACUUGUUCCUGCUCUCCUGAUGUACUGAAUAAUUUUUAUGGGUUUUUUGGUCAUGAAAGUUAAGUUUUGCUGUGUUUAUUGCUGACAAUAUGAAGGUUGGAGGUUUAUCCUUUUUUUCUGCAUCUUGAAGGUUUUUUCUCCGCAGGCCUGAAGGCUGUGCGUUACACAGAGCAGAGAGACAGAGAGCAAGAGACCAGAACCAAAAGAAAUGAUCACAUCACACCAAUCUUAAAAUAUUUACAUUGGCUUUCAGUAGCUUACAGGAUUGAUUUCAAAGACCUUUUACUUACUUUUAAAUCAUUAAAUGGCCAACGACCUCUGUAUAUAGCAGAGAUGUUUGAAACCCAUCACCCUUCAAAAUCACUUAGGUCAGCAGAUAAAUCCCAACUGGUACAACGCAGAGCCCGCACCAAGCACGGAGAGGCUGCCUUUAGCUGCUAUGCGGUCCGUCUCUGGAACUGUCUUCCAAUAGACAUGAAGACCUCUCCCACCAUUUCCAUUUUUAAAUCCAGAUUAAAAACUAAACUUUUUCAUGAUGCCUUCCAUCAACCUAUCCUUGCAUCUGUGCUCUACCAGGUCUUUAUCUGUACUUUUGAAUUUAUUCUACAUGUAUUUUAUAUGUAUACCUAUUCUGUGCUGUUUUAUUGUGUAUUAUUGUGUAAUUAAAGUGAAUACUUUUAAUAAAGUGUAGUUAUUGUGUAAAGCAGUAUAUACUAGGAAUGAUGAAUAAAAAUAAAAACUAGAAUUGAACCUGAGUUACAUGGUAGUAACAGUUUAAGUACUCAGAAACAAUACACUAACUUACUAAGUAAUUACCAUGUAAGUACUAAAUAAUUAGAGGACUGUAAAAGAAAGCGCUACCAAUAAUUGUACUUAACAUGCUUUUAUUUUUGUGUACUAUGUUCUGUGUCAAUAUUCUUAGAUUUUAUUUUACACAACAUGAUGUGACAUUUUUACUAUUUCAUUUCACUUGUGAUUGUUUUAACUACGUGAAGCACGUUGGGCUACCGUUGUGUGUAUGAAACGGGCUAUAUAAUAAACUUGACUUGAGAGUUCACAA